AUGGAGGGGCUGCUACCGGCGCCGCUGCUGCGCUCGCUGCGGCGCUUCGCCGCGCCCGAGGACUCGGAGGACGCCGCGCCGUAUUCCGCGCUGACCGGCGGUGCGCUUCUGGGCACGCAGAAGUCCAGCGCCGAUGGAGUUCUGAAGCAGGUCGCGGUCUGGGGGCUGCUCCGCCUGUCCCCGGACGACGCCGCGAAUGGCCAGUCCUUCGACCGGCACCUGCCUGGGGGCAUCUGUCGCGUCGGUCGCUUCGCUGUGUUAAAGGAUGAGGUUGUGCUGGUGUAUACAAUGGCGACUGAGACGGCGACAAUGUUCCAUUGCAAGGAGGGAAGCGCCACAGAGAUCAGCUUGACUAUGGUGCAGUGUCUUCACGCUCGGGACUUUCAUCGCGCCGUUGGAUUCGCGCCACUGCGUUGCGCGGUGGAUUUAAGCACUUUUGGAGACAAGAGUUCACUGUUGCAUCAGCUGGAGAAGUACAAGGCUGCGACGCGUGAAGACAAAGACUUUUUCGUUCGUGUGGGGGCCACGCAGGCCAAGAAGGGCAGGAGCUACCGUGUGAUUAAUGCUCGAGGAGAGGACGUCUUGUCUUCUAAUUGCAACCCAUUGCUGUUGGAUUCCAUCCUGCCAGAAGUUGAUACCAGCAGUGAUGACGCUGGAGAGUCCAAGAGCAAGAAGAAAAACGGCAAAAAGCAGAAGAAGGCAGGGACUAAGAAAACUGCAACAAGUGAGGAGGAGGACAAGUUGGGAUUUUUGCCGUCAUUGGAGUAUGGCGACAUUGCAAACGUGGAUCUGCUGGUCAGCCUUGCACCGCUGGAUGCCACGGCUGAGGUCACAGCGCCCGUGGUUACGAUUCCGGCGCCUUCUGCCUCCAAGAGCCCCCGCCAAAGCUUUCAUGCUCAUUGUGACGCGUUUGUUGUGGUGCCUGUGGACUCGUCGGUGGAAGUCGCGCUGGCGCUGCUUCGGCAGCAGCUACACGAACAGUUGACGGAAGUUGCCGAUCGCCUGGAGAAUGCUCCUGAGUCGGUUGUCUCCGUUUCGGCGCACCAGUUUCCGCUCGUUGGCGCGGCGUUCCCUUUGUUGGUGGUUUCGAACUCGACAGAUGCUGAUGGCAGCGAUGAGACCAUGGACGAUGUAGAAACGCUCGAGAGCUUGCACCGCGCGUUCCUGCAGCCUAAAGACCAGCCGCUGUUUCGAGUUUCUCGUGGCUGCUCGCUGGCGCAGCAAAGCAAGUGGCUAGCCUCAAGUGAUGUGCUGUAUAAUGUGCAUGAAGGCAUCCCAAGCUCUGGUGUUGGCACUCAAUGCCAGUCAGCUCUGGUGAACGGAUUCUACGGCUACUACCACUACAUGCAGCAGAGCAAGAACGACAAAGGAUGGGGCUGCGCGUAUCGGUCGCUGCAGACUUUGGCCUCCUGGCUUUUCCUGCAGCACUACACGCAGCAUCGAUUCCUGUCGCACGAUGAGAUUCAAAAGGCGUUGGUGAAGAUGGGGGACAAGCCCGAGCAGUUCCGAGGAUCGACCGAGUGGAUCGGCAGUCUGGAGGUCGGCUACGUGCUGGACGAGCUGUUUGGCGUGACGUUCCGCUCCCUGAGCGUCUCGAGUGGCGCUCAGCUUCCCGAUAUCGCUCGCGAGCUGAUCUAUCACUUCGAGACGCAGGGAACGCCCGUUAUGAUGGGAGGUGGUCAGUUGGCGUUCACGAUACUCGGCGUGGACUACGACCCCGACGCUGGUGUGUGCGCUUUCCUCACGCUCGACCCGCACUACACUGGCGACGAGGAUCUGGCCGCAAUCCAGUACCAGACCGUGACGCUGGAAGGAUACAAGGCAGUUCCGUGCAGUUGGCGCAAGACGACGACGUUCGCCAAGAACAGUUUCUACAACUUCUGUCUGCCGCAGCGUCCGAGUGUGGGAGUGUGA